CGCAGCAGCACCGCCGGUCCCGGGGCCGCAAUGGACAUCUCGUACCUGUACACGAGGAAGCGCAGCGAGUUCGGCCGGCCCUGCUGCUUCUCCGACCAGGCGGCCAUCGUCAACGUGGACAUCCCCCCCGACCCCGGCCUGGCCGACGGCUUCGUGCGCAGGGACCCCGUGCACGCCUCCGUGCAGCACAGUGCCGAGAUGUCGGAGCACGAGGUCAACACGGACCGAGUGAAGGUGCAGUCCCGCGGUGUGAACCACGUGGAGGGCGGUUGGCCCAAGGACGUGAACCCGCGCGAGGCGGACCAGACCGCGCGCUUCAGGAAGAAGCUGGAGAAGGAUGAGCACUACAUCAACGUCAUCACGCAGCUCGGCACCCUGAUGGAGCACUGCGUCAAGCAGAACAACGCCAUCGACAUCUACGAGGAGUACUUCGAAGAGGAGGAGAUGAUAGAGGUGGAGAUCGAGCCCCCCUCUGCAAAAACCAUCAGUGCCAUCAGGGACCCCAACACAGCCAAGAGGACGGCCACGCACAUUUCCUGGUGCCCCAACGCAAGCAAGAAACUGGCAGUGGCUUAUUCCAUCCUGGAGUUCCAGCAGAGCAAGAAAGACAUGAGCCUUGACUCGUACAUCUGGGACCUGGAGAACUCCAGCAGGCCCGAGAUGGUCCUCAAGCCGCCAUCGCCUCUCGUGACCCUGGAAUACAACCCCAAAGACUCCUUCGUGCUGGUGGGAGGAUGCUACAAUGGGCAGAUGGCUUACUGGGACACCAGGAAAGGGCAGGUGCCCGUGGAGGUGUCCAGCGUGGAGGCCAGCCACAGGGACCCCGUGUACGGAGCCAUCUGGUUGCAGUCCAAAACGGGCACCGAUUGCUUCUCAGCCUCCACUGAUGGGCAGGUGCUGUGGUGGGACAUCCGCAAGCUUUCCGUGCCCACCGAGCAGCUGGUCCUGGACAUCUCCCGGAAAGGGAUCCUCAAGAACGCUCUGGGCGCCGUCUCCUUGGAGUUUGAGAGCACCCUGCCCACCAAGUUCAUGGUGGGCACGGAGCAGGGCAUCGUCAUCCUCUGCAACCGCAAGGCCAAGACACCCGCCGAAAAGAUCACCUGCACCUACAGCAGCCACCAUGGACCCGUCUAUGCCCUGAGCAGGAACCCCACGUACCCCAAAAUCUUCCUGACAGUCGGCGACUGGACCGCUCGAAUCUGGUCAGAGGAUGCCAAGGAGUCUGCAAUUAUGUGGACCAAGUACCACCUCGCCUACCUGACGGACGGGUGCUGGAGCCCUGUGAGGCCGGCUGUGUUCUUCACCACCCGCUCAGACGGGACCCUGGACAUCUGGGACUUCCUCUUCAAGCAGAACGACCCCUUCCUCAGCCUGAAGGUCUGUGACGAGCCCCUGUGCAGCCUGCGCGUGCAGGACGACGGCUGCAUCGUCGCCUGCGGCUCCCAGGUGGGCACCGUCAGCGUGAUGGAGAUCUCCUCGGUGCUCUGCACCCUCCAGAGGAACGAGAAGAACCUGGUCAACGCCAUGUUCGAGCGGGAGACGAGGAGGGAGAAGAUCCUGGAGGCGCGGCACCGGGAGAUGCGGCUGAAGGAGCGCGCCCGCUCCGGGAGCAGAGUGAUGGAGAUGGAGGAGGCGCCGGCAGAGAGCCCCCGGGAGGUGCUGGAGCGGGCCCGGGAGGAGUUCCUAGAGGUGAUCCAGGCGGAGCUGCAGAGGAAGGCACGGGCAGAGGCGCAGCAGCUGCACGGCAGGGUUAAGGAUCACACUGAGGAGGCAGCUUUGCAUGAGGAAGACGUCCAGGUGCCUGAGGAAGAGAGCCAGGAGCCCACGGGAGAGGAGGGGAAGAAGGAGGAUGCUGCCAAGGAGGAGUAGGAGCUGCGGCUCUCGCAGGAGCCCUCGUGUUGGGCACAGGUACUCCCUGCCCCUCCUGGCUCAUUGGGUUUUGAGUCAGGGUGAAUAAAGAG